AAUCACUACAUGGAUAGGUAGUUUUCUCAAAAAUAGAAAAAUAGGCAUGUUGGUGAAUAACAGAAAUUUGUGCAGAACAAUUAGCAACGGUUUGCCACAGGGAGACGUAUUAUCUCCUACAUUGUUUAAUGUAUACACGCUGCAACUACACGAAAUCACAGAAGGCAAAGAAGAUGUCAUCCUUGUUCAGUUUGCAGAUGACUUCGCGUUGAUGUGGAGGAACAAAACAUUAGCGGGGCUGGAGCAAAAAGGACAGGAAUAUCUAAACAAGUUUGUCGAUCAAGCAGAAAGUUUAAAUCUACAGAUAAACCCAAGUAAAACAAAGACAGUGCUUUUUCAACUGGGAGAAUCAAAGCUAGAUCUAAAAAUUAAAGGCACCAACAUCGCAAUGGCAUGGUCUCAUAAAUAUCUUGGUAUUUUUAUCGACCGUUCUUUGUCAUUUGGAACACAAGUACGAGAAGUCUGUCAAAGGGUGGCGGAAAGAAUCAAUAUGAUUAAAAUCAUCAGCAGCGUACGAAAUGGAGGACACCCACAAAGCAUGAUCCUGAUGUACCAAGCGUUGGUGAGAAGCAUUUCGGAUUAUGGUUCAUCAACAUUCAACAACUGUGCCAAAACACACAAAGAAAAAAUACAACGAGCUCUGAAUCAAGCAUUAAGAAAAGCCACGGGUUGCAGUAAAACCACUCCGAUCAACACAUUAUUAGCAAUCUCAGGUCAAAUGCCGUGGACAGUACGAGGUAAAUACGUAGCUUGUAGGGAGAUAGCUAAACACAUAGCACACCGGGACAUAGUACACGAUCAACUUAUCGAAAUAGGAGAUAGCAGUUGUCCAACAGACAGCUUGACAUUCCAGGAGAAAUGCUAUAUCCAACACAUGGAAAUAUACAACAGAAUCUAUCCAGUUAUAAGGACAUUCGCAUCGAUAGAAAAUGUUAAAAUAGAACCCCAAUUGGAAAACUUAACCCUUACUAAAGACAACUGUAGUCAAAAACUACUCAAACAGUCGGCUCUAUUCGUUAUGAACGGAAAAUACAAGGAUCGUCCCCGAAUAUUCACCGACGCCUCGAAAUAUGGAAAUACGUGUGCAAUCGGGAUCUACAUAGAGCCCACAAAAACAAAAAUAGCCGAGAAACUACAAAACCCAACAUCGAUCAUGACUGCUGAAUUACUGGCGAUAAAUAAAGCAACGGAACUACUGGAACAAUUAGAAAUAUGGAAUGCGGUCAUUUACACGGAUUCGAAAUCAUCAUGCGAAAAGUUGACUAGAUCGAAAAGUGCCAAAUAUAGAAGUAUACUAGAAGAAGAAAUACUACAGAGAUGCUGCCGAUUCCAGACUGCAGUGCAAUGGGUUCCCAGUCAUGUUGGAUUGGAAGGUAACGAGCAGGCUGACAUAACGGCGAAAGAAGGUAUCGGAAAAGAACGAGCUAUAGACAACCGGAUUCUAGUGAAGGAUGCUUACCUGCAACUGAAGGAGAUCGCAGAAUCGGAAAGCAACGAUUGGUACUUGAAGUAUUCGCAGGAGAAAGGCAAACAAUUUUUGCUAUCCAGGACUCUUUUCAAGAAAAACCAUGGUUCCAUAAUUUGGCUUUGAACAACGAUGAAGUACGCUUAUUGAAUAGGCUUAUGGCAGGCCACGACUAUUCAAAGUACUGGCUGCACAAAAUGAAAAUCGAGGAAGAUGAUUGCUGCUAUCUAUGUCAGGAGCCGGAGACAGCGGAACACCUAAUACUCCUUUGUCCACGGUUCAACAUCUCAAGAGCAAGCUUUAGAUUUGAUGGUAUGUUUAUAAGUCUGACUGAAUUACUAAAAACAAAAGAUGCAAUCUUGUUGAAGGAAGUGGUACAAUUUGUAAAACGGUGCAAACUUAACCUGUGACACAUGAGCAAACAUCAACAAUAACGUCCAAGGUUAUUCAAAACCAUACGGUAACUGAAACACGACUGCGCUGUUUCAUUGCCCGAAAGUAGACAGUCGCUCGAUAAAUAAUCCGCUGGGCAUAUGGUCUGAGCUACCCGCCCAUUGAAAGUGGUUGACAGAAGUACACCACAACCAGAGAGAAGAAGAAGAAGAAGAAGAAAAUCAUGUCGCCGUAGUUUAACGUUCCAUUUUUGCUGUGCGGUGAGAUAAACCCGAUAAACCGGUAAACUUCGGGAAAAUUUUGCCUCGCCGAUUCGGUCGCGAUUUAGUGUUAUAACGGAGAAAACUGUUCAAGGUCCAGGAUGCGCUGCACAACAUCGAGACGCUUGUUCGGUUGCACCCGUUGCACCAUCCGAAACUGAAAACACAAACCAACUUGCUCGCCUUGCUUUUAGUUUAAUGCAGCAGAAGCAGACGAACCAUAAACAGAAGCAGAAGCAGAUGGCAUCAACCAGCCGAUCACGCAAUCAGUAACGCCACCGAAGCAGUAGAUACCGUUCCUGGCGGAGGAAGCUAUCUCGCUGGCGUCACAGUUUCUGCAGACUGUUGAGUCCGAUGCAGAAUCUUGUUACGAUGGCGGCAAUAACGCAAACCGUCCCUCCCAAACGCCUACCGCAUCCAUUACCAACGCAGCGACCUCACUGUAGACCGCAGGAACCGAUGACACCACUCUGACGCCGUACGCCGCACUGCCCCAGUUUGGCUCAGCGGCAUCGGCAGCAUUAAUCACAACGCCCUCACCUAAUCCUACGAUGGCACAAACAGUGGCCGCGGCCGCUGGGAAGCAGAUCAAAGAUCCCGUUUGCCAACGUGGUGUCCGCCAAGGUGUUCAUCGACAAGCAAACCAACCUGUCCAAGUGCUUCGGCUUUGUGUCGUUCGACAAUGUGGCCUCGGCACAGUCCGCCAUCCAGGCGAUGUAGGUUUCCAGAUCGGCACCAAGCGGCUGAAAAAAACCUAAAUAGUUAUAACUCAAGCGUUUAACCAACGACUGCCACUUUGGUGAUAAACUUCGUUCCAAACGCCAUCACGUUCAACAACUAAGUUCAAUCAUGCGGGAGCCUGGUCCCACAUACGACAACCAUUUGUACCAGAUCUAUCGGGGCCGAAAUGUCGGUGGCCAGUACAGUAACGGUCGGCCGGAUGUUUUCCAGCAUCAGUUGGUGUCCAGCAUCCAGUGCCCAACGAAGCACGCUGCUGUCGUUGCAGCUGCCACUGCAGGUCCCACCUUAGCAGCGUAAUAAUGUUCCUUCGAGCUAGCAGAUAUUGCUGACCAAUGCGGUUCAACCGAAUGUUGCCUGGCCGCCGUGUGGAUGAGUGGUCGCCGUGUGGCAAUUGUGCCAUCGUGGUGAAACCGGACCGCUCUUGCUGAUAGUGGACUCUUCGUCUUUUCUCAAUUUGGAGGAAAUUUAUCCGAAGCUGCAUCUCUACGUUCAGACGCGGCAUCCCGAGCCGAAGAAGGAAUAGUACCGCUUAUCAUUUGGUCGUCUCUCGCCACGACAAUAAGGAGAACAACCAACCGCGUCAAGGAAAACACCCCUCCCCAUCAGCAGCGGUAUAACAGCGAUCGGAACAAUCACAUGUGCUAGCAGUACCAUGAUGCUUUCUUCUCCGUCGUGCAGGCGGCAGCAAUAGCGGCAUGAUGAUGAGCAGUGACAGCAUACAUCAUGGAUCGAGUAUCGGUUACCAUCUCGGUAGCGGCAGCGCAGUUCAUAUAUACCUGUAUUCAUAGCUAAUAGCAAACGAUCACAAUUCACGAUACAGUUUUGUCACGAUGAGGAGUUUUGUCGCUUCAAGUAUCAGGAAUGAUCAAGUUCUUCUUAACAUUAUUUAUUAAAAACUGCUUAAUAAUCUGCUGUUUGUGUGUCACAUUUUAUCUCUAAAAUUUUGGAUUUAACACCCAAGUACAAUUUCUAACGCGAAAUGUAAUAAAAACUUUGAUACUGAACUCUUUAAUAAGUCUAUCAGUGGCUCUCAGAAAAA